UAUUUGUGAACCGAGCCUCACAAAAAAUCCUCCAAAAAAAAUAAAAAUAAAUAACCAUUCUUCUUCUCUCCUCUUUCCCGCUCAAAGCUCAUAAGCUUUCUCUCUCUACAGACGAGGAUUUUCUAUCUAGGGUUUCGCUUUCGGCUCCGAGAAUCUCCGAAACCUCGCAAACACACAUGGAGCUUGAGCUUUUGGGAGGUUUCUCUUCUUUGUCUUCUUACUCAUCUGCUUACAGACCACUCGUUUCCCCAAGAAUGGCGGCUUUGGGUUCUCUCUCGCUCUGUCCUUGUAGUCUCCUAUGGCGGCCCAAGCUCACUAAGCGUUCGUUUUCGUGCUCCGUCGGCUCUCCUAGUUCUGUAGGUACACCUGGUUCUAGUGCACCGAGAAAAAGAACAGGAAGAAAAGAAGGGCCUAAAAAAAGUAUGGAAGACUCUGUUCAGCGCAAGAUGGAGCAAUUUUAUGAAGGGCGUGAUGGCCCGCCAAUUCGGGUUCUACCAAUAGGCGGCCUUGGCGAAAUUGGGAUGAACUGUAUGCUGGUUGGGAAUUAUGACAGAUAUAUUUUAAUUGAUGCUGGUGUCAUGUUUCCAGGCUAUGAUGAGCUUGGAGUCCAAAAGAUUAUACCUGAUACCACAUUUAUCAAAAGAUGGAGCCACAAAAUUGAAGCGGUUGUUAUUACACAUGGCCACGAGGAUCACAUUGGUGCGUUGCCUUGGGUGAUUCCAGCCUUGGAUUCCAAGACUCCAAUAUUUGCCUCAUCUUUUACUAUGGAGCUUAUCAAAAAACGUCUGAAGGAGAAUGGGAUUUUUGUUCCAUCCAGACUUAAGGUGUUCAGAACAAAGAGGAAAUUUGUUGCUGGACCAUUUGAAAUAGAACCUAUAAGAGUUACCCAUUCUAUUCCUGAUUGUUGUGGAUUGGUUCUUCGGUGUAGUGAUGGUACAAUUUUUCAUACUGGGGACUGGAAGAUUGACGAAUCUCCACUGGAUGGUAAAGUUUUUGACCGUGAAACCUUGGAGGAACUUUCAAAAGAAGGAGUGACAUUGAUGAUGAGUGACUCUACAAAUGUACUUUCACCUGGAAGGACAAUGAGCGAGUCUGUUGUGGCAGAUUCAUUGAUGAGGCAUAUUUCAGCUGCUAAAGGGAGGGUUAUUACCACUCAAUUUGCGUCAAAUAUACACCGCCUAGGAAGUGUCAAGGCUGCUGCUGACGCAACUGGUCGAAAGUUGGUAUUUGUUGGUAUGUCCUUGAGGACAUAUCUUGAUGCAGCUUUUAAGGAUGGGAAGGCACCAAUUGAUCCGUCAACUCUGGUCAAAGUGGAAGAUAUCGAUGCCUAUGCUCCAAAGGAUUUGCUAAUUGUCACAACCGGCUCUCAAGCAGAACCACGUGCUGCUUUGAAUCUUGCAUCAUACGGGAGCAGUCAUUCUCUCAAACUGACCAAAGAAGACAUAAUUUUAUAUUCAGCAAAGGUGAUCCCUGGUAAUGAAUCCCGGGUAAUGGACAUGUUAAAUCGCUUAGCAGAGAUUGGAUCAACAAUAGUUAUGGGUAAGAAUGAGGGGCUGCACACAUCUGGUCACGGGUAUCGCGGCGAAUUGGAGGAAGUACUCCAGCUUGUAAAGCCACAACAUUUUCUGCCAAUACAUGGAGAGCUUUUGUUCCUCAAAGAGCAUGAGUUGCUUGGGAGAUCAACGGGUAUCCGGCACACCACUGUGAUAAGAAAUGGAGAGAUGCUUGGGGUUUCUCAUUUGAAAAACAGAAGGGUUUUGUCCAAUGGUUUCACCUUCCUUGGAAAAGAGAAUUUGCAGUUGAAGUAUAGUGAUGGUGAUAAAGCAUUCGGCACGUCAAGUGAACUUUGUGUUGAUGAGAGACUGAAAAUUGCAUUAGAUGGCAUUAUAGUGGUCAGCAUGGAAAUUUUACGUCCCCAAAAUGUGAAUGGCCUGUUUGAAAAUACCUUAAAAGGAAAGAUAAGAAUCACUACACGCUGUUUGUGGCUUGAUAAAGGAAAGCUUUUAGAUGCACUUCAUAAAGCGGCGCAUGCUGCGCUUUCAAGCUGUCCCGUAAAUUGUCCUCUAAAUCAUAUGGAAAGGACAGUGUCUGAGGUAUUGAGAAAAUUGGUAAGAAAAUAUAGUGGUAAAAGGCCUGAAGUAAUUGCUAUUGCUCUGGAGAACCCUACAGCGGUUAUUUCAGAUGAGGUCAAUGCAAGACUAUCUGGCAAGGCCCAUGUUGGUUUUGAGGUGUCAGCAUUAAGAAAAUUGGUUGAUGGACGUCCAAGUAAGGCUAGAUCAAACAGAAAGCAAGAAGAUGGAGUAAAGAGAAAUACACAUUUGGAAAACGAUUCACAAAAUUUUGGAGGUAAGAGUGUUGAACUCGAAGGAUUACUCUCUGAGGAAGAAACAACUACUACUAGUUUCAAUUCAGACACCAUUCCCGCUGAUUCAGAGGAGUUCUUAAAAUCAUUCGGAACAGUAUUCCCUGUUGACGAGGUGGUGAAGGAAAACAAUGGCUCCAUUCUGAGUCAAGAACAUAUUCCAGAGCUUGAGGAGGAGGGUAAUGAAAGUGUCGAAAUGCCAGCUUCUAAACCCAAAAAGCCUGCCAAACGGAAUAAGUGGAGACCUGAGGAGGUACUGAAGCUGAUUCAAAUGCGCGGAGAACUGCAUAGCCAAUUUCUAGUUGUAAAGGGUAGAAUGGCCCUCUGGGAGGAGAUAUCUAGAGAACUAGUGGCUGAUGGGAUCGACCGGAGCCCUGGACAGUGCAAGUCUCGAUGGGCAUCCUUGGUUCAGGAAUACGAGGAAAGCAAAAGUGGGAAUAACCACAAGAAUUGGCCAUAUUUCGAGGAAAUGAAUAAAGUUUUAUCCGAUUCGGAGGCAGUAGCAGCAAAAUGAACAGGAGAAGAAUCAGUGCAAGUGUUGCAACAGUAUUGGGUAGCUAUUUGUUCCCGUAAUGCUAUGACAGCAGGAAGAGCAGAUGAUAACUUAUUUGUGAGUUUGAUCAUUCUGUCAUGGAUUCAUAGCAUGGAAGGCUAUGAAGGGCAAAAUGAAGAGACCAGAAAUAGAGAUUAUUAUCUAUUGAAUUUUUGCAGCUAUAGGACCUCUGUACAUUUUCAAUUGGAUAAAUAAAGCCGAUAUAUGAAAUUUUGUAAUAAUAGGGAACAGUUUUAAUCUUUUA